GAAUACAUCUCCCUACGUUGAGUUUAUCCGAUCGAAACUACGCUGUACAGGAUCCGUGCUACGCAUCCAUACCAAAACAUCGAUCACCCCUCCCCAGAAAGGGCAUCCACACUACCCCCUGUUGUUAUGACCUUGAUCGUUGUCAUGCCCGCCAAUAAAAUGUUUUUCGUAAGAAUCCCUACAGUCCCUGGCUUACCUGGAAAAUCAAUGUAUAUCAUUGUCAUACUUCCCAUCGCCGACUAUACUUUACAAGACAUAAGCCCCAUCUCCAGCCCGAUAUUGACUUUCCUAUUUCAAUAUCUUCAUAUCAUCUCAUCGGUUUCCUGUUCUCAAAUAUAACUUCAACCUCAUCCAUCAUCAUCCUCAACAUCAUCAUCGAAACAUCAUCGACCGACAAUAACGUGGAUCGAUAACUAGCAUUAUCUUCUAUCUCUUUUAAAGGAAAGAUCUUAAUCUACACGACUCAGUCAUCUAUCAGAGCGUUACGUUUCGAACCAUUUAAAUCUUGACCACACAGAUUCUCUUGGCUUAAACUUUUACCUUAAUUCCCGCUUCAACUGAAAGGUUCACCCUUCAUCCAAAGAAGAUCGAAAUCUCUCUUCGCCACCGCUGCCAUCACAAUCUAGAUCAAGCAAAACACCCAAAACCAAAAUCCACCUCCAAGUUUUAGCGCUGUCUCCACUUGUAACAUCUUUCUUAAAAAGGUCCUAGGACCAAGUACGGCACCGAGCGACGAUUCUAUAAUAAGGGUAGUCGCGGACACUUUCAGUCGUUGAGCACCCGUUAGUUCGUGUCCCGGGCUCAGGUACACAGGCGAUAUCAUCCCUUGAUCCCUCGUGUUUUUCGAAAACAUCCACUUCCCAGUCCGCGUCCCAGCCGUGCCCUUGAGCUCUUCAACAUCCUUUGAAGACCUUGACCGCUCUUGUGGCAUAUUUUCAGGACCUUCCAAUUCCAUCUUAGGACCGUUGGCCGAUUAGGAGUUUCUUAUAUCCUAACGUCUUUACCCCUCGACCUAACGACUGAUCAUCAUCGCCUUCACUUUGGUUUUGAUUUUCUGUCUUUCUCUUCAUCUUCAUUCACUACUCAGUCCUCUAUCCUUCAACAUGUCAUCAUCUCAUAGACGUGGGCCUUGGUCGCCAGCUGAAGAUACCUACUUGGUACAACUUGUUCACACACAAGGAGCAUUGAACUGGGUGAGAAUAGCACAACUCAUCGGCUCAAGAUCACCAAAGCAAUGUCGAGAACGUUACCACCAAAAUCUUAAACCAACCUUAAACCACGAUCCAAUCAGUCCCGAAGAAGGACUUCAAAUCGAAAGAUUAGUAGGAGAGAUGGGUAAGAGAUGGGCUGAGAUCGCUCGAAGACUUCAAGGACGAAGCGAUAACGCCGUCAAGAACUGGUGGAAUGGAAGCAUGAACCGAAGACGUCGCUUGGUUCUUCGUAGAAGAACUUCUUCCCAUUCACACUCCUUCAAUGAACAAUCCGAAACACUUUCUUUCGCACGACCAGCUCAUUCUUAUUCCCACCCCACAUCUUGCCACAUCGAUACCUUUUCAUCACGAAGAAUCCACGCUUCCCUUCCAUCACCCUCAGUAUCCGAAGCAUCACGAGCAGAAUCACUCGAUGGUGCUCCUUCCUUGAUCUCAGACACUGGAUCCAACUUUUCCAUCUCUCCUAGAGUAGCAUCCUCACCUUCACUCGAGCUUCCACCUCUCUCAUUCAAUCGUCUCGAUGCACGAAGACCAUCUCUUCCUCAACUACAACUCAGAGCCAACACUUCACCUUAUGCAUCGGAAUUCGAAGCACAAUCUUUAUGUCAUCCUUCGCCAGAAAGAGAAUCGUACUAUACUCAUGUGCAUUCCAACUCGAUAAAAUCUUCUCAUCACAACAGAGGUCCAAGCGCUGUGAAUACAUCCGUGAAUUAUCCACACCGUCGCCCAGAGCAACAAUACCCUAGCUCCCUACCUCCCUCUCCACCUCGCGAAUCACAUCAUCAACAUGAAUAUUAUAUCUUAGAGCGUGCACAACAAGAGACCCCAAGGUCAGUGGCACAGCCAUUAACUGCGCCGCCUAGCCCGCAACAUAUUCAAUUGGCUCCAAUCCGAUCGAUUAGUCCUUUGAACACUUAUUCAAGAGAGGCGAAGGAGAGAGACGCGAGGAUGCAACUUACGAGUCUUUUACUGUAAUCAAUCAGGAUGAUAGGAGUUAACGAUAGAUAUUUGUUUUGUGUAAACCAAAAGUUGUCUGGUGGGAGUAUGGGACUUCAAAAGAACCCUAGUAUCAUUUUUUUGUACGCAAGCGAGCGAACGCAUGCAUUUCUUAUUUGUCUAAUACCUAUAUACAGUUGUAUAUCUUGUUUUUAUAGUAUAGUUAUUGUUUUACUCUACUGUCUGCAGUAUGAAUUGGGAGGCAGCUGUCGGUUUUACGCAUUUGUAGAUACCCUGGAUGGAAUGAACGAUGAAUGGAUGAUUGAUUGGAUAGGAUAGGAUAGUCAUAAAUAUGCAAUAAUAUAAAUAAUCAAACAAUACUAUUACCAUAC